UGUAUAGCAGAAGACAUUGUUUCGCGGGAACCAAUCACAAGUGCGAUUCAUUCCUCGUUUUUGGUGUUGGUUCGACGUGCGCACUACUUUGGGUGGUGGAAGUUCGUGUUUUUAUUGUAAAAUUUACAGUGAGAAUGGCAGCGCAGUGGAUACGAAAUGCAGUUCCGAAAAUUGGCUGCGUCCGUUUUUAUAGUAGUAAAGUUCAUAAAUGUACACUUAUUCCCGGAGAUGGCAUCGGGCCUGAAAUUUCUAUUGCUGUUCAAAAAAUUUUUGAUGCUGCUAAGGUACCAAUAGAAUGGGAAUCUGUUGAUGUAACACCAGUAAAAGGCCCAGAUGGAAAAUUUGGUAUUCCACAAGCUGCCAUUGAUUCAGUUAAUAGAAAUAAAAUUGGUUUGAAAGGACCAUUAAUGACACCAGUAGGAAAAGGACAUAGAUCUUUAAAUCUUGCACUAAGAAAAGAAUUUAAUUUAUAUGCUAAUGUUCGACCAUGUCGUUCCUUAGAAGGUUACAAGACAUUGUACGACAAUGUUGAUGUUGUUACUAUUAGAGAAAAUACAGAGGGAGAAUACUCUGGUAUAGAACAUGAAAUUGUAGAAGGAGUUGUACAGUCAAUUAAAUUAAUUACAGAGGAAGCUUCCAGUCGGGUAGCAGAAUUUGCUUUUCAAUAUGCUCAAGAUAAUAAUAGAAAAAAGGUGACAGCUGUACAUAAAGCAAAUAUAAUGAGAAUGUCAGAUGGUUUAUUUUUAAGAUGCUGUAGGGAAGCUGCACAAAAAUUUCAAUCUAUUAAAUUUGAAGAAAGAUACUUGGAUACAGUGUGUUUAAAUAUGGUUCAAGAUCCCAGUCAAUACGAUGUACUUGUAAUGCCUAACUUAUAUGGUGAUAUCUUAUCUGACAUGUGUGCUGGACUUGUUGGAGGACUUGGACUUACACCAAGUGGGAAUAUUGGUUUGAAUGGUGCACUGUUUGAAUCUGUGCACGGUACUGCUCCAGAUAUAGCAGGCCAAGAUAAGGCAAAUCCUACAGCAUUGUUACUUUCUGCUGUAAUGAUGCUUAAAUAUAUGGGAUUAAAUAAACACGCAAAAAUUAUAGAAACUUGUGCUUAUGAAACUAUUAAAGAAGGUAAACAUUUAACAGGAGAUCUUGGUGGAUCUGCAAAAUGUAGCGAAUAUACUGAUGAAAUUUGCAAAAAAGUUUUAUCAUUAGCAAAAUAGACGAUGCAAAAUUUAUUGGGUAUAAACUGCCAAAUACUCGUAGAAAUAACACAUGUGAAGUAAAACGUUUUUAAACAUGUUUAUAAUUAUUAUUUUCAAAAUUAUCUUCAAUGGACUUCUUGGAAAUAUCUGCAAUUCAAUUAAAUUGCAGAGAUUUUCAGAAUGGACAAAAAAUAUUUUAUUAUUCAUCUAUUUACAUUCAUUUAGAUAAUUUUUGUUGAGUACUUGAAUUAGAUUAAUGUAAAAUUUAAAUUUAAUUCUCCGUGGAUUUAUUAAUGUGUAAUAGCAUUUAAUAUUAUUUUAUUGCCACGGAAUACACGCAGUUUAAUCGCGUGUAUUGACUGAAUACAUAUAUAUGUAUGUUUGUCAUACUAUUUUAUUGUAAAAGGAGGAUUCUAAUAGAAUCUGUAAAAAAAAUAGGCAUGUAAAUUAAUUUAGAUACAAUGUAUAAUACUUUUAAAUAAAGUUGUUAAUGAUGCGUGCCUCGCGGAAGAAUUUAAAAAAAAAAAACAUUGCGCAGUAUUACACAUAAAUAAAAUAUUAUAAAUUCUAA